AUGACCUGCGCGCACGGCGUGGCUCCCAUCUUGCUUCCUCUCACGAAUGUCACAAUCUCGAGCAAUGGAUAUACACAAACAAAGGGCAUUCAGACUGGCAUCGGGUCUCCAAGCCAGGUCUUCGCCCUUUGGCCCGGUACCCUUGUCAACAACAUAGUCGUCUCGAACUCGGCAGGUUGCACCUCUGCGACUAAUUACACCUGUUACGGCUCGAGUGGCGGCUCCUUCGACACGGCAAGGUCCAGCACCUACAACAUGAUGACUCUGGCGCAGUGGAAUGGUAGCCAUGACGAGCUUGAGGAAGCAAGGCUCGGCUCUUCGUUCAUUUAUUUCCAGGACAGCAUACGCCUCUCUGAUAACAGUCUCCUGCCGGGAUUCCCAAUAGCGAUGGCGCCGCCAAAUUAUGCCACACAGGGUUCGAUGGGUCUUGGCCCUGACUCGCCGUUUCUCCAGACUCUGUCCGAUCAGAACAUUGCACCAUCGCGAACAUGGGGCUAUUGGGCCGGCAGCGUGUCACUGCUCGAACCUCGAGACGGGCUCCUCGUCGUCGGUGGCUACGAUCAAGCACGCGUGGCCGAGGGUGCGACGUUUACAAAUUUCACCUCGGACCCAGAGUAUCUAGGCCACCUGACCAUGCGAGUAACCAACAUGACAUACGACGCCGGCGACGGACCCGUCAGUCUUUUCAACUCGUCGUCGCAGGCUUUCACUGCCCUCUUGAACAGCGCAGUUGGGUCCAACUCGUUGCCAGCAGACCUCUUUUACAGAUUCGCCGACAUCACCGACGCCAACAUCGACGAGGGCACUGCAAUCCUUUCCUGGCCGUCAUCCGAUCAUCCAACAGGCAAUCUCACCAUCACGCUAGACGAUGGCGGAGACGGGUAUCAUUACGAGGUACCGUUCUAUGAACUCUUCCUUCCCAGGAGAGGGUACAGCGACCAAGGCUCACUGGAAAUCACAAAUCAAAGCUUCACAUUCACAAGCACGGCCAACGCCGAUGUCUACAGUGCUGGCGUGCCCUGGCUGGGCUCCACCCUUUUCCAGUCGAAUUACAUAGUCAAUCGGGGCGACGGCACGUUCCAGCUCGCGCCUGUCAACAGGUCCGACUCGUACGCAAUCAGUUAUCCGAACGGCGUCGAUAUCCGACCGAUCUGCAAUGAGACAGCGCUCGCCACUGCAGGCGGCGGCAGCGGGAGCUCGCUGACUGGAGGGGCCAUUGCCGGUAUUGUCAUUGGAUGUAUCGCCGGUGCAGCACUGCUGGCUGGUUCCGUGGGCUACUGGUUCUGGCGGCGAAGGAGACAACAAAGACAGGCGGCCUCUUCAGAGGCCGCGGGUGCCGGUGCAACUGCACCUGGCUUGGUAGACCCAUCCGGCAAGGUUGAGCUGGAUCCUCAGUCGACCCAGUCGCCUGCGACGGCGACGCAAACCACUCCGGUAGAGCUGGCCCACGAAGACGCCAUGAAGGUCGAGUUGCCGGCCGGAUCGACGCCGAAGCCGAAAGAGAUGACAGAACUCCCAAGCGACACCGCCACCGUAAGCACCCUUCCUCCGUACUCGAAACAAGAGAUGGAGCCCGUCGAGUUGCCGGCGAAAAACCAUUGA